AGCAGCAGCAUCACUGGUACCCGUUACUAUGGCUACCAUACACUAUAAGAAGCGCUGGCUCCCGAGGCCCCGGGACUACUCGCCCGCACUGGGGGACCUGGUGAUAACAGCAGCGGAACCCGGACACCACUGCUCCGCAGCCCGAGCGUCCACACCGAGCGCCGGCCGGCAGCCAGCACCAUGCUCCGGCCCCGGGACCUCCGGCGCAGCUCCGGCACCCGCACCUUCCUGGACGCCAUGCACGGGGGGAAGGUGCACCUGGCCCGCUUCGUGCUGGACGCUCUGGACCAGAGGAUCGUGAACUCCCCGGCGGGGGAGCAGGGCCGGACCCCGCUCAUGUUCGCUGUCUGCCUGCGGGAGGCCGAGCUCCGGAGCCGCUUCGUGCGGCUGCUGCUGGAGAAGGGCGCGGAUGUGAACGGGCAGGACGAGGCGGGACGCACGGCGCUGAGCCUGGCCUGCGAGCUCGGCCACCUGGACGCCGUGAAGCUACUGGUGCAGCACAACGCGGACCCGGAGAUCCCUGACCGCGCCGGGAACCGGGCGCUGAUGUACGCCGCCUCCUGCGGCCGCAGCGCCGAGCUGCACUUCCUCCUGCGCUCCUACAAGCGCUUCGGGCUGCGGCUGGACGCCACCAACCGCGCCGGGGUGACGGCUCUGGACGCCGCCCGGGUGUCCGGGAAUCGGGAGUGCGAGAGAGCCCUGUCCGGGUCCCGCAGAGGAGAGGCGGGAGCGAGGGGCGAGGACGGGGCGGCCCGCAGUCCCAAGCCUCUAUCCCGGCAGAUGCUGGAGCGCUUCGCCCGGCCCUUCUCCCACCGGAGGGAGGAGGAGGAGAGGAACCAGCACCGCGGCGUCCUCAGCCGCUCCACCAGCUGCUCCCCGGCCAGCACCGAGCCUAGAGAGACCCUGCGGGUCCCGGAGCACGGCAUCCAGCGGGUGCACAGCUGGGACGGACCGACCAGGGAGGAAGCAUCACCGUGCAGCCGCCUGCUCCGCCGGGUCACCUCUCCCGACUUCUGCCAGGGACUGUCCGGGGGCAUCCUGCCCAGCUACCCCGGGGACCUGAGGCGGGGGAGGAGGGACAGCACCUGCAGCAGGAGCCAGCUCAUAGUGCCCAGACAGGCUCUGACCCUGUGACAUGGACACCUGGUGGUGGCAGCUGCUGCAGUGAUGGGAGCAGUGGGCAUCUGAUGGGCAGUGACUGAUGGACACUACAGCCGUGUGCUGCCACAGACUGGCUACACAGGAGGUGCUGCAGGGAAGGGCACUCUAUCUGCAACUGGCAGCCACUGACCCUGUGACAUGGGCACCUAAUGAUGGGAGCAGUGGGCAUCUGAUGGGCACUGACAUGUGACUGGGUGCAACAGCUACACUCACCCCCUGACCACCCAUAUACUCUGUCAUUACAUUUAUCAGCGGCUGGCAGGACAGACCUAAAGUCUUAUGAGCAUGUAACCCCUGAAGUGCCCAGAGUUGCAGUAGGAGGAAUCCUGGUAAAAGCUCUGUGGGCUGGCACAGACAGCUGCUCUUGUAGUGAUGGUUCUAGAUGCUUCAGCAUAGUACUUAUUCAUUCUUCCAGCGGGUAUAGAUAUAAGAGGGGGCGGUGUGUGCCACAUACUGUAGCAUCUCACAGCAGGAAUUCUAUAGGGGGCAGCUAAUAACAGCGUUGUCCCAAGCAAUUAACUGUGAAGUAACCUGACUGCUAAUAGCUAGUUGCUCACCCUAGAGACAAAUCCAAAUAAUUGCAUAUAUAGGGUUGGUUCCCAUAAUCCUCUUUUGUAAAAAUAAAUUAACACUUUGACUAAGUACCUUAUUUCCUACCCUCUGUACUCUAAUAACACAAUAUCACCACUCUGUAAACUACACACUAUUUAUUACAAGGAAAUGCAUGGGAUAGGGAAGAAUUUUCCAUUGGUGCUAAGGCCAACGGAGUAAAAAUGGUUAAGGAGUCAUAAAUUGACUUUUGGCACUUGUAGAAGGGGUCAGGCACCUACAGUGAGUCUGUAAUGUCAGUGAGGCAAUAAAUGGCAAUUUCUUGCCCGAAGAUAGAGGUUAUGUAUUCUAAAUUGUCUGGAAAUUAAAGAUACUAUUAUUAUUCAGCCACUAAUUUCAGGUCAAGGUAACAUACCAGUAACCCAGUAAGCCAUAGUACGGUCAUUGUACAGCAUAAGCUACAACAUGAGGGUAAAUUUACUAAGGUGGGAGAUUUUUAGAACUGGUGAUGUUGCCCAUAGCAACCAAUCAGAUUAUAUCUAUUAUCUGCUAGAAGCAGCUAGAUAAAUGGUAAGUAGAAUCUGAUUGGUUGCCAUGGGCAACAUCACCAGUUCUAAAAAUCUCCCACCUUAGUAAAUUUACCCCCUGGUGUGCUAUAAAGGAGUAGUAUUUGGUAGGACAGUUUAACUGGGACGGAAGUCUUAAAUCUCAAUUAAAGAAUGGGCAGUGAAUGGCAGGUGGGACACGAUAUACGUGACUUACAGUUUAUAUGGAUGUUAGAAAGACACAUAAAUAAACCAUCCUGUGUGCCUCUCACCUCUUCUGAAAUAUAAAAUACAAUGGCCCAGAUGUAUCAAGCCUUGGAUAGUGAUAUAUUGCACAUGGGACAGAUUUAUUAACCUGGAGAAGUGAUAAGUGAAAGGUGAUAACGCACCAGCCAAUCAUUACUGAUUUGAACAAUGACAGGAGCUGAUUGGCUGCUGCGUUAUAACCUUGCACUUAUCAUUUCUUUAUCCUUUCUCCAGGCUUAAUACAUCUGCCCCAAAGCACCAACCAAUCGGCUCCUAACUGUCAUUUUUCAAACACAGCCUGUAACAUGGCAGUUAGGAGCUGGUUAAUUGGUUCUUUAUCACCGUGCAAUUUGCAGUAUCACUCCCCAAGGCUUGAUAAAUCUGGCCCAAUAUAGUGUAAUAUGGGACCAUAUUAUAGUGUAAUAUGGGCUUGAUAAAUCUGGCCCAAUAUAGUGUAAUAUGGGACCUGGAAAAAGUAGACCUUUCACAAUCCAUCCGUUUCAACGAACGGAUUUGUUACAGGUCAUCGUCAGUAAAUACAUUGUGUGGCCUAAAUUUCUAUAGCACAUGAAUACAAUGCUCUUGUCUUCAGCGUAUAUAGAUGUGGAUUUCUGCUGCACUACAAGCAAUGCAUACUGGACAUUACUUGGGUGUGAUUGUUCUCAUAAUUUUCUUUGGAGAUCACAAAUGAGCAAAAUUAAUGAUUUUAUAAUAGAUGUGUAUGGAAAGGUAAACUUUACAUAUGUAGAAAACCUUUUAGAUGACCUUACACUGGAUUAAGUGUAUGUAACAUCUGUACUUUGUAUAUGUUAAAAAUAUUUUUCCAAAUUGUCUUCUAAUAAUUUUUUAAAUGAUAAAAUUGUUUACAUCA